AUGGAAGGAGUAAGCAAGAAGGAGCCAUACUUUUGUGACAGACCUAGCAUCUUCUCUUCUGCUCCAGAGGCACCCCCUAGUCCAAGUACUCCACUUCAGCAUCCACGUGAAAAGAAACAGCUAUCUGUUGAUGAAGAAGAGGAAGAAAAUAAGGAGCCAAGGCAAGUUACCCUAUUAGAUCUAAAUGUCUCAGGUGAUGAUUCUUGUACUCCAGAAGGACUAGAACUCAACCUCAUAACCUGUUUGGAUGUGGGGUCAUUAUCAAAUGCCAAUUCUUCAUCAGAAACCCCUCUUGGUUCUUGUGCAGCUGAACCAAGAGUGUUCUCUUGCAACUACUGUCACAGAAAGUUCUACAGUUCACAAGCGCUGGGGGGUCACCAAAAUGCACACAAGAGGGAGAGGUCAAUAGCAAAGAGAGGGCACAGGUUUGGAUCACAGAUAAUGGCCUUUGGCCUUCCCUUAUUGCAUAAUAACAACCACUAUGCUAGCUUGGCUUCUCUACCCCUCUAUGGUGCUUGCAACAAUAGAGGAGGAGCUCUUGGAAUUCAAGCACACUCCAUGAUCCAGAAGCCUUCUCAUCAUCAUCAUGCGAGUGGAUUUGGAAGCUCUUAUGCACACCAUCACGGUUGGUCAAGACCCAUCAUUGACCAACAACCGGGAAUAGCAAAACUAGCUGUGGCUGAUUUUCACAGAACAAAAUCAGCAUUUUCGUCAUCACAAACAAGUGUUGGUAGGUUUGAAAUGGUUAAUACCAUGAUGAAUUCUUCAGCCAAUAAGGAAAGCAGUGGAUGUGUGGCAAGUGGUGAAACUCGUUUGAAGGGUAAUCAAGAAGAAAUGAAGCACCUUGAUUUAUCCCUCAAGCUCUAG